AUGAGUGGAAGAGGAAAGACUGGUGGCAAAGCCCGUGCCAAGGCUAAGACUCGAUCAUCUCGUGCCGGGUUGCAGUUCCCAGUCGGCCGUGUCCAUAGGCUGCUUCGUAAAGGCAACUAUGGCGAACGUGUCGGCGCUGGCGCCCCCGUCUACUUGGCGGCUGUCCUCGAAUAUCUGACCGCUGAAAUUCUAGAGUUGGCCGGCAAUGCCGCCCGCGACAACAAGAAGACCAGGAUCAUCCCUCGUCAUCUCCAACUUGCUGUACGCAACGAUGAGGAGCUCAACAAGCUCUUGGGCGGAGUGACCAUCGCCCAGGGUGGCGUGUUGCCCAACAUUCAGGCCGUGCUUCUGCCUAAGAAGACCGAGAAGGCAACGAAGUCAAAGUAA